UAUAUGCUCGUUCGCCGGAGCACAAGCGGCGACUCUCGAUCAGCGGUAGUCUCAGUCAGUUUUGGGAGGUUCUCCUGUAAACAUUGAAUCGGAAUACAAACCGGACGCACAAAUAUAAACUCCCCGACAAAUUUCCACUGAGGAAGAAAGAAAGAGAGAGAGAGAGAGUACUGGGUAUAUACUCGCGUCAAAAGAAAGUGCCAAGUUCAAGUUCAGUAACACGCAGACUGAAGAGAAGCAUUGUACGUACGCGCGACAACAACACAACGACAUAUAUCGUUAAACACGAGAAGACAAGUAUAUAACAUCUCGUCUGUGUUGUCGAUCUCUACGAAGAGCCGGUUGAUUCGUGCUAGGAAACACGGAAUCAUUUCUUAUUCUCCCUUCACUUAUUCGUUCGCGCGCACGAGUUUCUACACCACGUUUCGCCCGCGUUUUUACACCAGUAACGAAUAAUAUCGGCGUCGAUACACACACGUGUCGAGCAAGACACGUACUGUCUUGUUUCGUUUCUUUUUUUUUUAACGUUCUCGCGGGUGCUUUCGAUGCGAGCUACAACGAUAUCGUAUAACGACGUAUACGGUCGGAGUGACAGUUUUAUUGUGUUCUCUUGAAAGUUUCCUUUAGCUGCGAAAGAAGAGACGCCACUGUUACAAUUUUUCACCCCCGCUGUGAAGGACGAGAGAAAAAGGAAGAAGGAUUGGAAGAAAGAGAGGGCAGAAGAACAGCAUCAAGAUCACACAGUGUUUUUGUGCGGAAAAAUCGAGGAACAUGUCGACUGCCGUCAUGAGUACUCCCAUGUUCGAGUGCAGCGAGAUUCUUUUUAAGAACGCAGCCUCGACCAAAACAAAGGAAUCAUCCUCGUCCUCGACGUCGAAUACCGGGAACGGUGGCGCCGCUGUCAACAAUGUCACCAAUGGACACGCGCCGCUAAAGCGCACCUAUACCUCCUUGGUGUCCACGUUGAUCGAGCAACACCGGAAAUUGGAUCGCAGCGUGAGUGAGCCGACGUCACGCUACAAGACAGAGCUCUGCCGACCGUACGAGGAGAGCGGCUCGUGUAAGUACGGCGACAAGUGUCAGUUCGCGCACGGCUACGGAGAACUGCGUAAUCUCGCGCGUCAUCCCAAGUACAAGACCGAGCUGUGUCGCACUUUCCACACAAUCGGCUUCUGCCCGUACGGGCCGCGCUGCCACUUUAUACACAACUUCGAGGAGGCGCGCAUACACAAUCAGAAGGUGAGUGCCCAGCUUGGUUCGGCGCAACCGAACCUGCUCGGCCUGAACCCGCUGAUGAGCGCGGCAGCCGCUGCCGCGGCAGGCAACGGUGCCAUCGUCAACAACAACGCUACUACCGUCAACAAUAACGUUAACGUCAGCCUGCUGGAACACCUCGCCGCGUCGUCCCACGUGGCGGUCGCGGCCGCGGCGGCUGCCACCACGUCGAGCCUCAUGCGAACGAACUCGCUGAGCUUAGGUAGUACCGCAAACGCGAACGGUUACAAUCAGCCGCCGUUGUUGCGAACGUCAUCGCUCAGUCUGGCUACGAAUCACCAUCACGCGAUACACCCUCAUCACCAGGUAAACGCCGUGAGCUCGGUGAUCGGCGCGACGAAGCCGAAACCGCUCAAUCUCAGCCCGACGUUCUCACUCGGCAGCUCCGCCGACUCGGUCUCGCCGUCGUCCAGCCUCAGUCAAUCGCCGACGAAUUCCAUGGCGAGUUUCUUCAGCGACGACUGUAGCCAGCAGACGACGUCCUGCACGAACCUGUCGACAACGCCGUUCAGUUUUGGCCAGGAUUUCAGUCUGCUCGCCUGCUCGAGGCAAAGUCCAAGUCCGCGUAAUAAUGGUGUGUGCAGUCCUCUCGCCUCCGACGAGGUGGCGCCCAGAACGCCUUCCCCGUUGUCACCUAAUACGGAGUCUAGGUUGCCGGUGUUCAAUAGAAUCAGCAGCACCCUGGGCGAUUUUGAUAAUCUCAAGAUCUAAAACGAUUGCGAUGCGCGCGAGGGAGGCGAAACUUUCGACGAGUCUCGCCUUUCGAAGAAGGGAGGGUCUUCAGGGGGAUAUUGUGACUCGAGGUUUAAGCGAGGAUAACCCGCGGUGGAGUCUGUCAGGAAAACGUCUUCUUUGUUUUUUUUUAUAUAUGAAGUAUCGCCUCUCGCGAUACGAUUCUCUUUAAUCGUUAUCUAACUUUCUUGAAAAGCGUUUUUUUCUAAGGCACACGUCAGGUUUCUUUUUUAUCUUUGAGAACCCUUGUCUUUUUCCUCUUUUUUUUUUAAUAUAUUAUUACCAUCAUAAUCAUCAUAUAUAUCAUAGCACUACUAUUGU